UUCGAUACAAAAUUCAAAAGCACUCGUGAGUCGGCAAGAGUGCCGAGUGGUAUAAUUUUUCUACGUCUCGUAGAAAUUAAACGUAGAAUAAAAAUAACAUAAGCAAUUAUAUAACGUGAAUUUAAAAAAUUAAAAAAUUUAGGGAAUUAAACUAGCUCACGAGAAAAGAGUGAUAAAGUACGAGCAAAUCGAGAAUUGUAAAUCCAAAAUUAUCCGGAUAACGGUGAGGGUGGUCGGACUCCAAAUGGUUUUGAUACUUUAAUUGAUGAUGGCUAAGGUGCUGGCUGUGCUGAAAACGAUACGGAAUAACUGGAAGAAAUCCGUAGUGGGCACUGCGGCUUUCUCGUACGGAGUUUCGUAUGGCAAACAAGUAUACGAUGCAGAACAAUUAAUGCGCCAAUGUUGUGAGGACGUGGCCAAGUACGGAGAUGCCUCUUGUCCUACAAACAUCAAGCCUCGUCAUAUGACAGUUAUUUUAAAUCCAGCUGCCAAGAAAAGAAAAGCUAAGAAAUUAUUUCAGAAGUACUGUGAGCCUCUGUUGCACCUGGCUGGCAUCUCGGUAACCAUUAUUGACACGCAAUCGGGAAGCCACGCACGUAAUGUAAUAAUGAAUCUGGAAACACCUACUGAUGCUAUUAUUGUGGCAGGAGGCGACGGUACCUUGUCAGAUGUUGUAACUGGUUUGAUGCGGAAGUACGAACAUAAUCUUUAUUCAGUUAGACAAUGCCCCAUUGGCAUUUUACCAUUGGGAAGCACAAAUACUAUUGCAAGUAUGUUUUAUCAAGACUACAAGGAUUUAAUUGACGUACGCUGCAUGAUUGAUGCAACAAUGGCAGUCAUUAAGAAUAAUCUCAAAUCAAUAGACGCCAUUGAAAUAAAAUUAUUGAGCAAUGAUCCAGAAAACCCUAUAAAGCCAGUUUAUGCUGUCACAGGCAUAGAAUGGGGAGCCUGGAGCGAUACGCACGCACGCAUUGACAAAUAUUGGUACUGGGGUGCUUUACGCAAAUAUGUGGCUUAUGUGUUCAGUGGUUACAAAUCAGAUUUGAACUGGAACUGUAAUGUGGUAAUGAAAUAUACGAAUCCUUGCAAGGGAUGUUCACGUUGUUACAAAGAUUUUUUUCACAAUCAAUCUAUGAAUUCGAAUAGAAGAUGGUGGCAUGCAUUUUUACCAAAGGGGCAAACAUUUGUUUAUGAUAAUCACGCACACGUCGAUUAUAGUAAAGUAGUGAAUGAAGAUUGUGGCAUAUUUCACGAGAUGCCUAUUUCAACAACGGAGCUGUGUGUAAAGACCGAAAAUAUGCGGGUUCAAUCAGCGCCUUCAUUAAAAGUAACUCUAGGUCCAGAAAAUGUUAGUUAUGCUACAUUUGUUGAGAAAGGGUGGAAACAAGAAAGUGACAAUGAACUACCGGGAAAUUUAACAUUAGAUGCAAGGGAUAUUGAAUUACAUCCUGAAACAACGAAUGACGAUCGAAUGUUUUACAUUGAUCGCGAAGAAUACGAGUUGAAACCAGUUCAAAUAAGAUUACUCCCACAGUUUAUAACAAUUUUCUGCCCUGAGGCAAAUAGUUAAUGAUACUUAAAAACAAUUCAAAAUUACUUUACAGCAUUUGAUACUCAUAUCAUUAUAAUCUUUAGAUUGCCUAAAAAUGAAUAGAAAAGGUAUGAUGAAACAGACGUUGAACCAAAUAUUAUAUAAAAAAUUAUUUAAUAUAUAUCUUUUCCAUAAAAAAAUAAUUUAUUACUGGGUACAAAAAAUAUUUCAACUAUAACGGUCGUUAAUUUGUGUAUAAUACAUUCAUGCACUAAUGUAAUGUCUAAUACAAAGCUCAUUAAAAAUUUGUCAGAUCAUA